CGGCUCCCAGCUGGUGCAGGACCUAAGAGCCGGAGGGGCGUGCGCGCGCCUUCGCCCCUGUUGCGCGCGCGGUGUCACCUUGGCCGCGAGCGGGGCCGCGCGCGCACGGGACCAGGAGCCCGGGGCCAUUGAGGCGAUGGCGGCGACGGCGAGUCCUGGGGCCGGCGGGAUGGAUGGGAAGCCCCGUACCUCCCCUAAGUCCGUCAAGUUCCUGUUUGGGGGCUUGGCGGGGAUGGGAGCUACAGUUUUUGUACAGCCCCUGGACCUCGUGAAGAACCGGAUGCAGCUGAGUGGGGAAGGAGCCAAGACACGAGAGUACAAAACCAGCUUCCAUGCUCUCACCAGCAUCCUGAGGACAGAAGGGCUGAGGGGCAUUUACACCGGACUGUCGGCUGGCCUGCUGCGCCAGGCCACCUACACCACUACUCGCCUUGGCAUCUACACUGUGCUGUUUGAGCGCCUGACUGGGUCUGAUGGUACACCCCCUGGCUUUCUGCUGAAGGCCCUAAUUGGCAUGACUGCGGGUGCAACUGGUGCCUUUGUGGGAACACCAGCGGAGGUGGCUCUUAUCCGCAUGACUGCCGAUGGCCGGCUUCCAGCUGAACAACGCCGUGGCUACAAAAACGUGUUUAAUGCUCUGAUUCGAAUUACCCGGGAGGAGGGUAUCCCCACACUGUGGAGGGGCUGCAUCCCUACCAUGGCUCGGGCUGUCGUCGUCAAUGCUGCCCAGCUCGCCUCCUACUCCCAAUCCAAGCAGUUCUUACUGGACUCAGGCUACUUCUCUGACAACAUCCUAUGCCACUUCUGUGCCAGCAUGAUCAGUGGCCUGGUCACCACUGCUGCCUCCAUGCCUGUGGACAUUGUCAAGACCCGGAUCCAGAACAUGAGAAUGAUUGACGGGAAGCCGGAAUACAAAAAUGGGCUGGAUGUGCUGGUGAAGGUUGUCCGCUACGAGGGCUUCUUCAGCCUAUGGAAGGGCUUUACACCAUACUAUGCCCGUCUGGGUCCCCACACCGUCCUCACCUUCAUCUUCUUGGAGCAAAUGAACAAGGCCUACAAGCGUCUCUUUCUCAGUGGCUGAGAUGGGCGAGGGGCCUGGAGCUGGUAUGCUGGCGCUCCCAUUCACCAGCUGCUUCUCCAGUCAGUGCACCCCGGAGGGCCUGAACUCUGCUGCCCUGGGCCCCUCUAUUUAUUUUCCUUCCACAGUGUGGUUCCCUCCUUGGGGGA